AAAUUUGAGCAAACGUAAAUAAAAACCAAAUUGAAUUGGGAAAAAAGAUAUAAACAUGAAUAACGCUAAGAAAAAGAGUAAAAGUGAUCAAAUACCCAAGCCUAUGAGUAUUAAAAAGGAAAAAACCGAGGAGGACCGCACAUUGCAGCCAAUAAGUCAUUAUAUUGAUGAUCGCCUGGAGUUGGUGAAACAAAUCUUUGGCACACUGAAGCCAAAGACUAUAAUGAAUCUAGCGCCGGAGUUUUUAAAGCAAAGCAGCCUGGAUGAGAUAGAGGAGAUGUGCCUCAAUGAGCUGCUGUGCGUUUCCACAAAACGCUUAAAAUCUAUAAUUGAGGAUACACGCUGCCCUACAGAUACAGAAAGCUCAGAUGACUCGGAUGUGGAGCACAAGGAAGAGCACAUUUCGCUGGAGGAGAUCUCCUCUGAUAGCGACAUCGGUGGCAGUGAGACACGUCGUGCUAAGAAAGUGCGUAAAUCCAGCGCUAAAAGAGCCAACGAUAAAACCAAUGAAACUAAGGAACCCGAGGGACAGAUCAGCGUGCUGGAGCUAUUGGAACUGCAGGCCAGAGCACGUGCAAUACGCUCUCAAUUGGCCAUGGAGCCCAUAACCAAAAUUGAGGUCAAGUCCGAUGACGAUAGCGAAGAAGAGCAAGAGAAGCAGCGCAAAGAAAAGUCUAAAGAGAAACGCAGUCACAAGAGCGACAAACGCAAGUCCAGCGAGCAGCAAGCCACAACUAAUGGCACUCAGCGGCAGCAGCAGGAAGCGGCGCCACAGAAGCGCAUAAAGCUUAAGCGCAACUAUCGCAAGACAGCUGAAGAGCAAGCUGAGCCAGUUAAGCAGCCUCCACAGGAGCCGCAGCGCAAAUCAGUUAGCAAAUCGCGCUCAGCUUCGCCAGAUUGUGUGCCCAUAACAGCGGAGACAGAGACUUUGCUUAUAAGCGACAGCACAGAUGAAGAUGAAGCCAAGCAGCAGCAGCAAAAAGAGCAGCCCAAGCAACCAGCAGCUGUGGAGCUGCCGUUGCCAGCGCCAGAGCCAGCUGAAGAAAGCGAACCAGAGGAAGGCGAAGUGCGGGAUGAACCAGAGAUUAGCAGCACAACUGAAGCGCCAGCAACAAUUGAAGCUCUGCCUGCCGAGCCAGAGACAACCGCAGAGCCAGAGACUGCAGUAGAACAGCAGACUAUGCCGGAAGAGCCGCCUGCUGAAAGCGAAUUGCCCAAGCAAUUGGAAGUAGCUGCAGCAGAAGCAAAUGUAAUCUCAUCUGUUAUUGAUGAUGAAGAUCAAAAUGAUGAUGUCAUUUCCAUAGGCGGUGAUCUGGAGCAUGAAAUGAUUGAAGAAAUGUCAAAAGCAACAGAGGAACCAACACCCAAAGUUAAAAGCGAAACUCAGCCGCCGCCGCAGGAGGAGGAAGACAAUGAUGUCAUUUCACUCAACACCAGCGAGGAUGAAAGCGACAAACUGCAAGCAGAAAACUCAGAGUCGUGGCGCACGCGUUACCUCAAAAGCUCCAAGGUUAGUCAGGUCUUGGCCACCUCGCGUCUGGGCAAGCGUGUGCGUGAUAAGUUACGCAAAUCCAAGCGCUCCCAGAAGCACAGCGAGAGCAAAGAAGCUGCCGAGCAGGCUGAGCAGGCGCAACAACUCAGCUCGCAACAUGAGGAUGGCUCAAUGGAACAGUAUCUGGAGCUAAAGCAGCAAAGACUGCGCAAGAGUUCCAACAGCAGCAAGGGCGACAAAUAGGACAA